CGCGGCUGAUACUUCUGCCAAAAUUUCUCACCACGAGGCACGGGCAUCCCUUCUGGGAGGUCAACCGCUCGACCGAAACUACACGCCCUAUACCAACUACCAGCCAACCUUCCAGCAACCGCGCGUCGACACCCAGCCUGGGGGAUACCACCACCGCGAAGGCUUCCCCACAACCCUCCCGCCGCCCGUUCCACGCCCGCCCAGGAUGUAUAUUCCCAACACCAAGUGGACAUGGGCCUUCAUGUUGACGGCCAUUGGGCAGAUCGUCAUUGCGCUCGCAUUGGAAUCAUUUGUUUUUGGCAAGUUCCGUAGCGAACUGCACUUCGCCGCCGAUGGUGUCAAAAACGAGGCCCGCACUAUCCCCACCUACCUCGCCGUCUUCAUGUUCGGCUACAUCUACCAGCUGUUCCUCGUGUGGGAUGCGCUGCGGCUGAAGAACACGAUUCAAGUCAUUGGACUCGUCAUGUACAAUGUCGGCAUUCUCGUCUAUGCCGCUAUUCAGUUUGACCAGAUCAAGGACGCGGCCGACGCCUUGAAUGCGGCUCACUUUAUCCCCAAAGACUUCUGGGUUAACGUCAAGCCCAUGCUGAUCGCCCUGCCCAUUCUGAUGGCUGUUGCUACGGUCAUCUUCGCCUUUGAGGCGUGGAAGCUGUACGAUGAAUUUGCCUGGACCAUCUACAAGCGUAUCAGUGCUGACACGCGCUUGAAGCGGAGAUAUCUGACAUAUCAGAUUUACAUUGCACUCCUAAAGUUCGACUUCUUCUUCUUCCUCGCCUUCACCGUCCAGUUCCUUGUCGUUGUCGAGAACACCAAGACCGUCGAACUCGCCCUCACCGCUACCGCACUCGUCAUCACCUUCUUCCUCCUCUUCCUUGCUGCCUGGUGGGUGCGCCGCGAGUCCAUUGUAGGCAUGAUCGUCAUCAUUUUCGUCUACUUCGUCGCGCUCGCCUACUUCCUGUUCAAGCUCAUCCGGAUGUAUGUGGCCGACCUCGCUCGCCAAGAAGACUACAAGCCCGCACGCAAGUCAUUGACCGCUUUUGCUGUUCUUACCAUCAUGUUGCUUCUAUGCACGAUUGUCGUCGCAUGCCUUUGCACACACAACUUCAACAAGGGCCUCAAGCCACACGUAAACGACAGUCUGGUACAGACAGACAAGCAGUACAACACAGAGAUGCCGUCAUUAAGUGGACCUCAACCUUCACAGCGGAUGGAGAUUGAUUAGUAUGCCAUCUUAGCUGUUAUUUCUUCCAAAUUUACGACAUGACUUGCUUUGGAUACCUGCGUUAUGCGAGCAUCGCUCCGAUCAGUCGGACCGGACCGACACAUCUGGCGUUCUGAUAUCUGCGAGAUAUCCAUUUUGGGGCUUUUUUGGAGAGGGAAAUCUGGAAGGAGUGACUGGACCGGCACAGGAAAACCAUUGGAAGCUGAGCUGACCUUCCCUU